AUGUCAGAGAAAACUCUUACCACAGAUAUUUUGCAACUUUUGCCUUUUGAGAAAUGGCAAUUGCUUCAAAAUAAAACAACAUAUAAUUGGCCUACUUUUGCAUAUUAUUAUUACUGGAUUGAAAAUGCCAUUAAAUGGAAGAAAAAGCGUCCAAACAUACUGAUUGAAAUUUAUUGUCCAAAUGGAGAUGUUGAGAAAGGUAUUUUUAUUGGAAUAGCUCGUUUUGCUCUACAUUUAGUGAUAUUAUUUGCAUUAGAACCAAAUAAAGAAAUGUUAAAAAAAGUAAUAACAGAAACUGAUGUUAUAAAUUGGAAUCAAGGAAUAUAUUUCGCUGGUGUUCAUGAAUGCAUUUUAUCGACUGUGCUUUCUGCAGUAGAACAACUUAAAAGUGUACAAAAUAUAGAAGUAGAACUAGUAACACCAGCUAACUUUUAUUUUAAAUCUGCAAAGGAAUGUGCAGAAAUAGAAGUUUGUAUAACAGAAGAAUGUUACAUAAAAGCUUUAGAUAAAUCAGAUGUUGCUACAAUACAUUCUGAAUGGCCACAUAAAGAUUUAGAACAUCCUGAGUUAAGCACACAAUUCAUAAGCACACUGGUAGAAAUGAAUGGUGGAGUAGGAUUAUAUUUAAAAAAAGAUGAUACCUUAGUUUCUUGGGCUAUACAUAAUGACUGGCAUGGAAUUGGAAUGGUACAAACUUUGGAACAACAUAAAAGGAAAGGUUAUGCAAAAACAGUUAUUAAUGAACUAGCAAAAAAUCUGGGAAUGCAAGGAAUUUCAGUAACAUUAUUUAUUGUCGAAGGCAAUGCAACUUCAGAAACAUUAUUUAGAAGUCUAAGUUGGAAACGUAUAUGCCGUGCAUCUGAUGUAAUAUUCGAUCAGGCAGUACCUCAGAUUCAUAUACAUCUGUCGCUGCAUUCUGAAUGUAUCUGCCACUCUGGUUGUAUGUCUGUUGUAAAUCAG